AUGGGAAGGCACUUGCACGUAGAACGGCUCCAUACAGAGCAAUAUGGGAGCAGUACGGUGCGGCGAAUGGUACAGGAGCAGCGGGCAGGAUGCGAGCACCAGAGAUUCGAGGGCAUGAGCGCAGCAGCCACUGCAGCAGCAAAGGCAGAAAAGGCAGCAGCUAAGGCAGCAGCUAAGGCAGCAGCAAAGGUGGUAAAGAAGGCAUCAAAAUCUACGGACGGGGAUUCCAAAAAGCCCGUGCAUGCGGCGCGUGGAAGGGCGAAGGUGUCUACUGGUGUCACUUAG